AUGGACAAUGUGCAAGUCAGCCCGACAAACGCGGUGAAUGCGUGGAAACAGGGAUUGCCGGUGCGCCCGCCGAGUGAUGAUGAGCAUGAGCAUGACGAAGACGCAUGGAAUGAGCCGGAGAAAACAACGCAUCCCGGCGUAACCAGUCCGACCCUGUCCAGCGCUAGCAGUUCCGGCCAGAAUCAGGGGCUGCAGGCGCGCGCUCUUUAUGAUUACCAGGCUGCUGAUGAAACGGAAAUUUCUUUUGAUCCUGGCGAUAUCAUUACGCAAGUCGACAAAAUCGAUCCAGGUUGGUAUCAAGGAUUGGCACCCAGUGGCCAGUACGGAUUAUUCCCGGCGAAUUAUGUGGAAAUGCUAACAUAG